CUGAAUGGAGACCAUGACAAGGAACAGAACGACCCUUAUUUUGUGGAGACCCCGUAUGGUUAUCAGCUGGACUUAGACUUCCUCAAAUACGUGGAUGACAUACAAAAGGGGAACACUGUCAAGAAACUGAACUUCCAGAAGCGGACCAAGUCAUCCGUGCCAUGCCCCGAAGCCAGGGCUACGCCCGGGCAGCAAGCUGUGUGGACCUCCACCGAGUCCCUGUCCUCCUCUCACAGUGACAACAAACAGUGUCCCAGCUUCCUCCUCGCCAAGAGCCUGCUGACGUCCACGCCAAUCCCACGGCCACCUGGUCCUCAGGAGACCUCUCCCACCUUCCUGUCCGUCCCAGACAGCCGACAGCUGCCGCCUCCCUCACCCCAACUCCCCAAGCAUAACCUCCAUGUCACCAAGACAUUAAUGGAGACGCGGAGAAGGCUGGAACAGGAGAGGGUGGCCAUGCAGGUGGUGCCGGGCGACUUCCGGAGGCCCCGGCUGGCCAGUUUUGGAGGCAUAAGCUCCACCAGCCCCCUCCCGUCUUAUAUUGGUUCCGGAAGCCACAACCCUAUCGGGUACCCCCUUCAGAAUGGAUUCCAAGGCAACGGGGAUUACAGCGGCUACACCCCGGCCGCGGCCACCACCUCUUCCAUGGGAAGCUCCCUCCGCCACAGCCCACUGAGCUCGGGGGUCUCCACCCCCGUGACCAACGUGAGCCCCAUGCACCUGCAGCACAUCCGCGAGCAGAUGGCCGUGGCCUUGAAACGCCUGAAGGAGCUGGAGGAGCAGGUGCGCACCAUCCCGGUGCUGCAGGUGAAAAUCUCCGUGUUGCAGGAGGAGAAGAGGCAGCUGGCCUCGCAGCUGAAGACCCAGCGGGCCGCCCCUCAGCAUGACACUUGUGGGCUGCGGAAGCGCUCCUACAGCGCCGGCAACGCCUCGCAGCUGUGCCAGGUCCGGCGGCGGGGCAGCGGGGAGCUGUACAUCGGUGAUGAAGACGAUGAGCUGGAGAGCGUGGAGCAGAGCACGCAGAGGCUGAAGGAGUUCCGGCAGCUCACGGCCGACAUGCAGGCCCUGGAGCAGAAGAUCCAAGACAGCAGCUACGAGGCCAUCCCGGGGCUCAGGAUGAACGGCGAGGACCGGGGCCUGGACCGCCGGUCCGUGGCAGUGGGUACCAACGAAGACAUGGACGAUGUCGUCAUGUAUCGCCGAGGCUUCGGGUCCCAGAAGGACGUGGCUGUUGGGACGGUCACUGAGACGAGGAAUUUAGGUGUCGGUGUGACAGAGACCAUGCUGGGAGUGACCACAGAAGCUGACAAAGAGAUUGAGCUUCAGCAACAGACCAUCGAAGCCUUAAAGGAGAAAGUCUACCGCCUGCAAGUGCAGCUCAAAGAAACCACCCACGACCGGGAGAUGACGAGGCUGAAGCAGGAGCUGCAAGCUGCCGGGUCCAGGAAGAAAGUGGACAAGGCCAGCCUGGCCCAGCCGCUCGUCUUCAGCAAGAUGGUGGAGGCCGUCGUGCAGACGAGGGACCAGUCAGUGGGCCGUCACAUGACCGUGGUGGACGCCGGUGUGGGGACCACUGUGCCAACACACAGCGUCGCCGUCUCCUGCGGGCCUGACUGCAGGAGUACCAUCGCGGGGCCCGAGCUGCCCAUGCAUCGCUGGACUGUGAAGGAGAGGGUGGACGUACAUGACCGAUGUACUGGGACCUCCGUGGAAACGUGCGAUGUGGCUGUGGGCGUGGCCGCCAGCGUCUGCGAGACGGGCAGCAACACAGAGGAGUCUGUGAACGAGCUGGCGCUGCUCAAGACCAACGUGAGCCUCAAAGACGUGCGGUCCAUCGGCUGCGGGGAUUGCUCUGUGCACGUGAAGGUGUGCUGUCCCGAGGCCUGUACCUCCCGGGGCGUGAACACCGAGACCGCGGGCCAGGUGGAAGCUGCUAUCAUGGCUGUCCCUCACACUACAAACCAGCACACCAGUACGGUUGUGGAGCAGAUGGACCAGUUCACCAACACCGAGGCGGUGCCCCUUGUAGAAUCCUGCACCAACACUAGCCUCAUCACUUUGGACAAGCAGACCAGCACCCAGACUGUGGAGAUGCGGACGGUGGCCGUAGGGGAAGGCCGCGUCAGGGACAUCAGCUCCCCGCCCAAGACGCGGUCCAUUGGGGUGGGAACCUUGAUUUCUGGCAGUUCUGGGUUUGACAAGCCAUCGACUGUAAAGACCAGAGAUUCGGGGGUGGGACAGGUUAAUAUUAAUGAGCACUAUCUGGUUGGUCUCAGAAUGAGGAGCAUAGCCUGUGGCCCCCCCCAGAUGACCACGGACCUGAUGAGCAGCCGGCGGAGUGUUGGCGUUGGUGACAAGCCUGUCGGCGAGUUCCUGGAGAGCCCCCAGCCCCAGGCUCCAUGCGGAACGGUGGCCGGCCUGGACCACUACAUCGAGCGGGUCCAGAAGCUGCUACAAGAGCAGCAAGCUCUGCUGGCGGAGAAUUACGCUGAGCUGUCGGAAGCUUUUGGGGAGCCUCACUCACAGAUUGGUUCCCUCAACUCACAGCUCAUUAGUACCCUGUCGUCCAUCAAUUCCGUCAUGAAAUCGGCAAGCGCUGAGGAUCUGAAGCGCUCCGGCUUCCAGGAGACCAGUCUGGAUAGAAGCACAGGUAGUGAUCUGGGGUACGCCUGUACGUAUGGGACCCUUCCAUCCGCGUCCCUGCAUGGAGAAGAGGUCAGGGCCACAGAAGGGGGGACACCUGACAUUGGCCAGGACGCCUUCCCCACUCAGGAAAGCACGCUGCCUCCUGUGAAUCUGACGGAUGACCAGAUUGCCGCUGGACUUUACGCCCACCCCAACAAUGAGAGCACGCUGAAGUCCAUCAUGAAGAAGGACAGGAAUAAAGACGCAAAUGGCACAAAAAAGAACCUCCAGUUUGUUGGCAUAAACGGAGGGUAUGAGACCACAUCCAGUGACGAUUCCAGCUCAGAUGAGAGCUCUUCCUCCGAGUCCGAUGACGAAGCUGAUAUCAUUGAGUACCCUCCUGGAGAAGAGGAGGGGCAGGACGGAGAGACACAGGCAGUGGCAGAUGUUCAAGGUCUCACCUCCACCAGGGUGGAAGCCGAGAUGCAGGUUCCGGAAUGUGAACUCUCUAAGGCGGAAAUCAGAGAGAGGUACGAAUUAAGUGAAAAGAUGCUAUCUGCAUGCAACUUACUGAAAAAUAACAUAAAUGAUCCCAGAGCUUUGACCAGCAAAGAUAUGCGGUUCUGUCUCAACACCCUGCAGCACGAGUGGUUCCGAGUGUCCAGUCAGAAGUCGGCUGUCCCGGCCAUGGUGGGAGACUACAUCGCCGCCUUCGAAGCCGUGUCCCCGGCCGUGCUCCGCCACAUCAUCAACAUGGCAGAUGGCAACGGCAACACGGCUUUGCACUACAGCGUGUCCCAUUCCAACUUCGAGAUUGUCAAGCUACUGCUGGAUGCUGAUGUGUGUAACGUGAACCAUCAGAACAAGGCAGGAUACACACCUAUCAUGCUGGCUGCCCUGGCCGCCGUGGAGGCCAAGAAGGACAUGAGCGUCGUAGAAGAGCUCUUCAGCAGUGGGGACGUGAAUGCCAAAGCCAGCCAGGCAGGACAGACCGCCCUCAUGCUAGCUGUCAGUCACGGCCGCAUCGACAUGGUUAAGGGCCUGCUGGCCUGCGGGGCGGAUGUCAACACUCAGGACGACGAGGGCUCCACUGCCCUGAUGUGCGCCAGCGAACACGGGCACGUGGAGAUUGUGAAGCUGCUGCUGGCCCAGCCAGGCUGCAACGGUCACCUGGAGGACAACGACGGCAGCACGGCGCUCUCCAUAGCCCUGGAGGCAGGACACAAAGACAUCGCGGUGCUCCUCUAUGCCCACGUCAACUUCGCAAAAGCCCAGUCUCCGAGUACCCCAAGGCUUAGCAGGAAGACGUCUCCGGGUCCCACCCACCGAGGUUCUUUUGAUUAA